AUGGCAAAAAGAUAAAUUGUUCUAACUGGGUUUCUAGGAAGCGGAAAAACGACACUUUUUAAUUUGAUAUGCAAUUCAAACCAACCAGUAAGAUAAGGAGGUAAUUCAUUAACAAGGUAAUUAAAAAUUGAAAAAUAGACAAACAUUCUUAAAAGAGGCUGCUUAUGGUAGUGGAUUUCGAGUUUUAGACACUCCUGGAUAUGGAGCAAAAGCAGAGAAAAUUAUUCAUGCUGUUGGUAUAUUAAAUGCCCUUUCAGAAGGACCAGUUAGCUAAAUAUUUUUAAUAGUUAAAUGGGAACGAAUAGAAUUUAUGUAGGAUUAUUUGAAAUCUAUGGUUGUGAAAUUUAGAAGAUUUAAACAUCUUUUAACUGCCGCUGUUACACAUUGGGAUACUGCCGAUAAGGAAAAAAUAAAAAUAGACUAAGAAUAAUUUAUCAUUUUAUGUAAAGGAUUUGGAAUAGAUUCUGUUAUUUUUGUAUCAAAAUUUGAUUCAGGUUAUAAAGUUUGUACUUAAAUUGAUACUAUUUUAAAUAAAUGUUAAGCCGAAAAAAUUGAAUUAACUGAAGCAGAAUUUUAUUCUAAUUUUGAUUUAAUUGAAUUGAAACAAGAUAUAGAGUUAGAAUUAGAAUUUUAAAAGGAAAAUGUAAACAACAAAUUUAGAAAAAUUGCAUUAGUUAUUAGAGAGUUUAUUAUCAAUUUUAAUGAAGCCAAUCCUUCAAUGUAUGAAGUAAUGCAUUACCUUGCUUUGGAAACUAAAAAUAUUGCAGAAAAAAUUAUCUCAGAUUUCGAGAUUUAAAACAAUGAUUCAUUUUCUAAGUUGUUCUAGUAUCAUUCAAACCCUAGUCUUGCCUAUUUAGUUCAUUUUGAAUUAAAAAAAUAACUAAUGCAAGAGAUAAAAGAAAUUGUUGAACUUACCUAAUAAAAAAAUGAAAGGUGAUAAAAAUCAUUUUUUUAAUUUUAUUAAGGCAUGCCCAUUUUGCAAUACAAUUUGGUUAAAAGUAGCUGGAUGUGGAGGAGUAACAACUUGUGGAGAAUUUCCAGUAAAAGAUGAAUAUUUUAAUAACUUUAAAAUGCCUUUGAAAUAUGAAUUUACUAUUACAGAAAAAGGAAUAACUUACAAAAUUAAUGAAAAAUAUAAAUAAAAUGAGGAGAAAAUAAAAAAAUAUAAAAACAGUGAGUCCUUUUGGUUUAAGAUUUUAUAAAAUUAAUCGCCGUCUUCACAGAUAUAUCAUCAACCAUUAAAAGAAAAAAGAAAAGGAUGUGGUAAACCUAUAGUUUGGGAUGAAAUUCCAGCCCUUUCAGGUAAAUAAUUAAAAGAGCUAAUUGAUCCAGGACUUAUGGAUUACUUUGUUUAGGAAGUUCCAAAAGAAGAACUGAAGAAAACCUUAAUGAAAGCAUAAAAGUCUGUUUAAGAUUAGGUUGAAAUAAUGAAAAAAGAAAAUAAAGUAUAUAAAUUAUGA